UUAACGCUCGGUGUUCAGUUAUCAACUUGAAAGUGGUAUCAUCAUUGUAAUAUCGAACAGCAGGUCGCAAAGUGUGCUAGUGAAGUCGUGUAACGAGGCAAAAAGGUGCAGUGCAAUGUAAAUACGCCGACACAACAAUCAGCUGUUAGAUACAUGAAAAACCCUACCGCUAGUGUGAUUAAACUCGGAGUUUGAAUCAUCCUCACUCACCGACCGUAAGAAACAGAAACAAAUUUAUACUCGUUUGUGGUGCAUGAUCGUGAAUUACACCGUCCGCUUUGUGUUACGUGGUUUUCGGUUAGUUUAUUAGUGUCAGUUCGCCGGUAAUUAUUUAAUUUAUUUAUUCGAACAAUGGAGCCGGUUAAUACAUCCGUAGAUACGAGCAAACCGCCAGCUUUCGACAAGCUCGAAUCGAUCGAACAUAAACUCGCCAAUGAAGUAGACCACGGUAUGGCCAAAAGUUACGACGUAGACGAUUUUCUAAACUUGCAAAAGUCGCCCAGCAAUGGCCUGCUCGAUUCCUAUCACGAAAAUAUGACGCCGGAAAACGAACACCAGUCGGAAUUUUUCACCAAGGAAAAGGAAUUCCACGAACCUAGUAAGCUGCAGUCAUCCAACGAUGAUCUGAACAACCUACCUAGUCCGCCGAAAAGUUCGGAAUUACACGAAUUUUUACCAGAUUACUCCUCGUCGUACGGUGUUCCUAAAAAUGAAACCUCCUUUUGCGGUACAGAUAAAUUAAACGAUCUGGCUAAUUUCGUAGUGAACGACGACGUCGAAGUAUUCAAGAUACCUGCUGGCAAAGAAAAUAGUACUAAAAAUGAUUCCUCAUCGUUGUUAGAAUUUGAUCCUUUGAACGAACCUAUUAUUGCUAAUCGAGAUCAUCACGAUGAAUUUGCUAGCUCGCUGACACGUUCCACGUAUCAAUUACCAGACGAUAUAAUCGAACCUGUGACCGAAUUCAAAGAAACUCUUCCUACCGAAAGUGCGAUCCCUUCGAAAAGUGAUAAAGAAAUUGGCGAUAAACUCAAAGAAAUUAUCGACGAUUCACCUCGAAGUGGUUCUCCAGAUUUUCUUGAAUUAGAUGCCGAAGAUUUGAAACCGAUUGAUGUAAAAACCGAUAGUGUCAAACCUGUAGAUGUUAAACCGAUUGAUUCGAAACCGAUUGAUGUCAAACCAACGAUCACGAAACCGGUGGAAGAAAAACCAAUAGAUACGAAACCAGUUGAAAAAGUUCCUGAAAAACCUACUAACGUUGAAACGAAGAAAACCAAAGUCGAAUAUUUCCAAGAUAAGCCGGAAAUUGGACCUAAGGAGUUAUUUUCCAAAUAUGGAUUGGAUAUUUGGUUUAAGCCUGAACGUUUAAACCCUACAGUGGAGGCUUUUAUCUAUUGGAGAGAUCCAAAGCUGUCCGCCAUCGUAUUCGUUUCCGGACUAGUGCUGUUGUUAUCAAUGGCGUAUUAUUCAUUGAUCAGCGUUGUUGCCAAUACCGGUCUCACGAUUUUAGUAUUAGCUAUGGGAUUCCGUAUUUACAAACAUGUUCUUCAAGCUGUGCAAAAAACCGAUCAAGGUCAUCCUUACAGCGUAUUCUUAGAAUGGGACCUGAAACUGCCUCAAGAAAAAGUGCACGAAUUGGUGGAUACGGUGUUAAUACAUAUCAACGCGUAUGUCAGCGAAUUAAGACGUUUGUUUUUGAUCGAAAAUUGGAUGGAGUCGGUUAGAUUCGCAGUCGUGUUGUGGGUAUUGACUUACGUAGGAUCUUGGUUCAAUGGAUUAACGCUGGUUAUUAUUGCUUUCGUUUCGCUGUUCACAUUGCCAAAAGUAUAUGAAAACAACAAAGUACAAAUCGAUCAGAAUCUCGCUCUAGUUCACGCGAAAUUAGAAGAAUUAACCAACAAAAUUAAAGACGUAUUACCGGCUUUACUGCGUAAAAAAUUACCCGAGAAGAAGGAAUAAAUCAAGAGACGAUACGAAUGGAUGAGAAAAAAACAAUCGAAUCGUCGCCUCGUGUUGUUUUACUUUCCUCAAAAAUUUUCGCUUUUAGUGUUACAUCUCUGUUUUAUUAAUUUUAAUUACCUAUUUUAAAAAAACGAAACAAGUUGUAUACGCUUCACAUCUGGACCAGUGAGCGUAUUAUUUUUUUUUACAUUUUAUGAUUAUUCUACAAAAUUUUACUACGUCUUAAGAUUCUAAGUUAAUUUACACUUUUAAAGUUACAGAUUAGUUACUCUUUUAAAUUUUUAUAUUUAUUUUAUACUUGGUAUUUAUUAUUUUUCUUUGGUUUAAAUUUUAAAAAAAUGAAAGAAAGGUCUCCUGUUAGAGUUCGUUUUUAUGUUACACGAUAAUUUUUAAGCAAAAGCUUUUAAUACUCCCGUUUUAAAGCAUGUGAUUUUUGUAUUUUUAAUGUUUUUAUUUCGUACGAGAGAAAUUUAUUCAUUCGCAGCUCUGUAUGAUUUGCAAGUUUUUUUCUUCUUUUUGUUUAGGUUUUAAUAUUCUCGAGUAGGAUUUACUUUCAUUUUUUUUUUCACCUUUGAUUUUGUUUCCUCUGAGUGCGCGCGAGUAUCUGUUUAGAAAUGCUCACAAAUUCUUCCUCUCUCUCUUUUUACGUUUCUGGCUCUGCAUAUGGCGGGAUUAAUUCUUCAUUAUAGAUUUUAAACGAACAGCUUUUAUGUAAACUUUCAUGUUUUUGGUUGUAAUAUUUCUAAUUUUUUUCCAUCACACGUCAGCCGAAAGUGUAGUAUUAUGGCUCAGGGAGCGAGUUGCCGAAGCACGUGUGAUUAGAAAUAGUUUAUAAGUAUCGAAAAGCGAGCAAUAUCCAUUUUGGGGCACGAGCCAGAGGCGGAGUGAAGCAAAAACACGAGAUAUUACUCGCUUUUCGAUACUUGAAAUGUAAUAUAUUUGAAAAGAAACUGUUCUUCGUAGUGGGAUUUUUAAUUAUAUCGAAGUAAGAGUCGUGUUUAUAUUGAUACGUAGGUUGUUGAAAUUGUUACUGUAGUCUGUCCCGGUUAAGAUGAUACCAAACACAUUGGACAAAAGUGAACGAUUUGACUGCUGCAUGGUCAAGGUAAAUUUUUUAUUCUACUGUCUAUUGAGAGGUAUGUCUCAUUGCUGUACGAGACGUACUAAGAACUGAUUGAAUUUUAAGUAAAUUUUACUCGAUAUCAAUUAUUGCAUAUGCUCUUCAUCUAUGAACGUUAUGUUGUUACCUUUGUGAUUUCUUUCGCUGAACUGUAAAAAGUAUGGUUACUGUGCCCUUUGUUACGUACAUCCAUGAGGCAUGCCUCUCAGUAGAGAGCCAGAAUGGAAAAUAUGCAAUUACCAUGCAGUUAAGUCGUUCAGUUUUGUUCAGUGUUUUGGUAUCGUCUUAACUGCGACUGACUAGAAUUCAGUGAAAUACUUGCUUUUACCUGUGUUAGCAUUUAUAUUACCUAUAUUUUGUGCUAAACUCGUUCAAGUUUUAUUUUAUCUUUGUGUGUUACUUUUAAUUCUCGUUUUAUAUUUUAUCAGUUUUAUUGCAUAAUUAUACCCGCCAUUUUAUAUAAUUAUUUCGACGUUGGUAUUUAUUAAAGUAUUAUACACAG